UUUUGCAAAGCACACCAGAAACCUCCUAAUGCAAACCACAAACACGGUAAAGCAAACCAAAAACAUCAUAAUGCAGACAACAAGUAUAUUAAAACAAACGAGAAACCUAGCAAAUCAAACCACAAAAUUUUCGAAAGCACACCAGAAAUUUCUUAAUGCAAACCAGAAACCUCCUAAUGCAUACCACAAAUCUCCUAAAACAAACCACAAACCUCACAAACCAAACCACAACAUUUACGAAAGCACACCAGAAACCUCCUAAUGCAAACCACAAACACAAUAAAUCAAACCACAAAAAAGCAAACCAUAAACGUCCUAAUGCAGACCACAAAUAUAUUAAAACAAACCAGAAACCCCUCAAUGCAAACCACAAAAUUUUUGAAAGCAAACCAGAAACCUCACAAUGCAAACCACAAAGUUUUUGAAAGCAAACCAGAAACUUCUCAAUGCAAACCACAAACACGAUAAAGCAAACCACAAAAGGCAUACAAAAAUAUGAGAAACCAAACCAUAAAUCUCACAAUGCAGACCAUAACAUCCGGUGGUCGUUGGCCGUUGACCGGUCAACGAAGUUCGUUGACCGAACUCCGGUGACCGUCAGUGACCGGAUUCCGGCGCCGAUAAGCAUAUUCCAGUCCCGAUGACUAGAUUUCGAUGCCGGUAAGCAUAUUCCGACGCCGGUAAGCAUAUUCCAGCGACGGUAAGCAUAUUCCGAUGACAAAAUAGCAUAUUCCUGCGACAAAAAGCAUAUUCCGGUGACCGGCGACCAUUUUCCGGCGACCGGUGGCAGAAUUCCGUCGACCAAAUUUUUGGGCAGAAAAUAAAAAUAUUUUUUUAUUUUUUAAACAGAUUUUUCAUAAUGACAAUUAUACCCCUGCUUUGAUUUUACACUAGGUCAACUCAUCUAAUAAAAAGUCAUCAGAAUCCUAGCUUCCUAUUGGUUGGAGGCUAGUGUUGUUACAAUAACAACACAAGGGGUGUUGUUAUAGUAUCUAGUCCCGUCGAUCCAUGACUCAAAUCCUUUUCUCCAUACCAAGCCCUAAAGAGGUUCAAUUAAAUUAAUGGAACGCCCGAGCCAAUGUGAAUGACACUCUUUACAACUUAAAUGCCCAUCUCCAUUUACUAUGACUCCAUUUUCUUUGAGCUUCCAAAAUGGAAUGCACUAUGCAUAUCUGUAGAAAUAAAACUGUAUUUGUAGGGUUAAUUGCACCAUCUACCACUUAACUUAACUAUUUGUUGCACGUUAACCACCUAAGUAAUUUACGUUGCAACUAAACCAUUUAUGUUACCUUCCUGUUGCAACUAAACCAUUUCCAUCCACUGAACUAACGGUAGGUGCCAAACGGUAAUUUUCCAUGCCACGCGGGCUGCCAUGUCAGCUCAUGCAGGGUGAGUCACAUGUAGGCCACCAUAUAUUUGGGCCCACAAAACCCAAACAAUUCCUGCAAUUAGCAAUAGGUGCAGGUUUACAACAACUUUCAAAGUUUAUUCCAGGAGUCAGGAGUUGAAACGUCGACGCCCUUCCCUGCACAUAACAACAACAAAAACAUCAAGCUCUUACUUGGUGAGACUAUCGCCACAAGAAGGAAGAAAGAUUGGCUCAAGCUGUUACGGUAAGUUAUCUCUACCCUCUGCCGCAAUACUCUGUUUGUUAUCUUACGCAGGCUAUCGCAAUUGUAAUUAUAUGGUUCUUCCUGUGGUUCGUUGCUUCUUAUUGGUAGGGAAUCAAAACGACAGGCGAAGCUUUCUUUGGCUAUGUUCUUCUUCUUCUUCUUCUUCUUCUUCUUCUUCUUCGUUGUCGAUUGAUGGAGCAAUAGGUGAGUGAAUUCUGACCUCUCGGGUUGUUGCUCUGUUUUUCGACUAUGUUUUUCAUCUUCAUUGUCGGCUGAUGAAUGAGUGAAAAAUGCUGAUUAAACCACUCCAAGCUCAUGUUUUCUUGUUGUUUGAGUUUUAAAAAUGCGUUCAAGCAUUAGGGAAGUAGGGGAAACUGAACAAAUUCCGAUAUAUGGUGAGUUUUGCAAUUAAAGGUUGCUGGGUUUUUCUUCUCCUGCCAUUUUCCAGCUACAAUUUGCUCUUCUCCUGCCAUUUUCCAACUGCAAUUUGCUGCUGUAAUUGUCAAUUUGUUGCUGUUAUUUAGUUACAUAUACCUAUAGUUUUUGUUUUUGUUUAGGACUGAAAGAUGAUAAUUUCACAAUCGAACUUCAUUAUAAGAGAGAAAUGGUGUACAUACAUGAAGACAUAUGUUAUUUUGAAGGUGAAGUUAUAUAUUUGGAUUGGAUUGAUCCAGAAGAGAAGAAGAUUGGAGAAUGGAGGACGAACUUUCGCGUUGGAGUAGAGAAGAGAAUAGAAUAAAAGAGGAUUGGAGUUAGAACAAGAAGAGAGGAAGAGAUUUACGUCUCUAGUUAGGGUGGUUUGCAAUUUUGGAAGGGUUUUUUGGGGGAAGGUUUUGGGGAAAAGAAGAAUAAUAAACGGGUCUGGAAGGGUUUUUUUGGGAAGGUUUUGGGAAUAGAAGAAUAAUAAACAUGCUAUAUUUAGUCGACGGAAAUGAUGUGGCAGGAGCUGAUGUGGCAGCCCGCGUGGCAUGAAAAAUUACCGUUCGGCACCUACCAUUAGUUUUGUGGACGGAAAUGCUUUAGUUGCAACAGGAAGGUAACGUAAAUGGUUUAGUUGCAACGUAAAUUACGUAGGUGGUUAACGUGCAACAAAUAGUUAAGUUAAGUGGUAGAUGGUGCAAUUAACCCGUAUUUGUACAUGUAGCUAAUCCAAACUGAUUUAGAAUUUCCAUGGUUGUCAUGCCGGCCGGCGUGCCACCGGUUGUACCGGGUUCAAUCGGUACCGGUCAUAAAACCGGCGCGACACCACCUGUAUGACCGGCAUAAUCGAUAUAAGAAUCUCUAAGUAAAAUGACUUUAUUUUAGAGAAUUUAAUUAAUAAAAUUUAUUUUAUUAUUUAUUUUAUGAGUAUAAAAGUUAACUAUUGAUAUUAUUUGUUGGAUUCAAGUAUAAAUGCUUAGGUAUUGACGUUAAAUGUCAUGUUUGAAUAUGAGUAUUUAUAAUUUUAUUUGUAAUAUUGACCGGCAUGAACCGGCACAAAUCGGUAUGUGCCGCCGGUUGAACCAUUCCACUUGCUAAACCGGCACACUGGCAUAAACCGGUUUGACAACCUUGAAUUUCCAAACACAUGGAUUCAAUAAAAUACUUGCGAACUUGAGUUGGUGUCUAGGGAAUUUCGCACCGCUUUUCUCGGAGAGUAAACAGGAAACCGGCGUCUAGGAUUUGUUUCUUCGAAAGGUUUCUGACAGCCUGAUGGCGGCUCCGAUGCUGCCCCCAGCCCCUUCUAGGGGGAGCACAAACCCCCGGAUCCAAAUUUAGGAGUCCGGUGACCACCAGACAUCUCAUCAUUGCCGGAUGGGAAAAAGCUAGGGAAGCGCGGCACCCAAAGAAACGUGCCCGACCAUUGAAUAUGUCGGAUGAUAACUUUGAUAUGGAGACAGUGAUUAUCGACGAUAUAACUGAUGAGGAGGAACUCAAUCCUAUGGGGGAGGAAUGGCAACCGAAACUGGGUUUGCACCAAGACCUACAGGGGAAUACAAAGUCGCAGACAAACGAUCGUAAACAGCCAAUGGCCUGGGGUGAAAAUAAGAAGAAGUUAUUCAGCGAAGCGGUCCAAGAAGUAGAAUGGUAUGUUGCAGAAUCCGACUCAGAAGAUAUAGCUGAAGCAGUGAAGGAGGAUGACUGAAGAAGUUGAUCCUAGCGAGGUGGAUCCCAAGUGCCCGACUGUGCAUUUUAUCACCGUUUGAAUGGCACAAAUAUAGACAUGAGUGGCGUUCAGCUAUUGUAGUCAAAUUUCUUGGUCGUUCGUUCCCAUAUCCAGUAGUGGCUAAACGUCUAAAUAUGUUGUGGACCAAAUUCGGAAUCAUCCAAGUAACGAAGAGAGGGUAUGGCUACUAUCUUGUUCGAUUUACGAGUAAACUUGACUACGAACAUGCUCUCAUGGAAGGACCGUCGAUGUUGGGUGAUCAUUAUCUUACUACGCACCCUUGGUGGAAGGGGUUUAGCCCAAAUCAUCAUACCAUAAACUCGACUCUUGUCUGAGUCCAGAUGUCGGAUCUACCCAUUGAGAUACACCAUUCGGAAGCAGUCCUACGCAUAGCUGGCUGUGCGGGAAAACCAUUUUGUUUGGAUAGAGCAAUAGAAACUGGAACCAGAGCUAAAUUUUCCAAAGUUUCCGUUGAAAUUGAUCUGACCAAGAAGCUUAUCUCAAAAUUCAAAGUCGCAGGAAUUGAAUACGAAUUUCAGUACGAGGGCUUAACCAAUAUUUGCUUUCAUUGCGGGAAAUAUGGACAUUCACAACCCCGCUGCCCUAGCCUGCACAUGGAGGAGUUGGAACCUCCACAGCCCAACAUAGAAAAGAAUUCUAACGAUAGGCAUGAGGAACAAUAUGGAGAAUGGAUAAUAGCCAAGAGAAGAGCUCGUCGUCCAACAACACGCCAAAAUGCAGAGGCUGGUGGGUCACAACAUCAGAAUAAUAAUACACUUGUGUAAGCCAGACCAUCGGGAUCUAGAUUUGCAGCGCUAGCAGACGAUGAAGGGAUCACUCGGCCCACAGGGAAGCCAUCUAGUCAUGCAUCCCAAAGUGAUAAAACUACGUGAAAAUCGACCACUACCCCCUCCCCCGGCGCCAGCAAAGUGUGGCAAGAAAAAAGUGCUAAGGUUGUUCAGAGUACCUUUUUCUGGAACGUGAGGAAAGUGUGCCUAUGCAUGAGAAUGCACAAAUGACGAGGAUGUAUGUCACAAGCAAGCUUAAUGGAGGACAAGAUGCAACGAACGACCCAACAACUGAUGUCAAACUGCUCAGCCGAAAUCCAAUGAAUUAGCUACAACUUCAAGUUGGGCAUCCCGGAGAUGACAGUGAACAAGUCCCUGAUGGUGGCUCUCAAGCAAUUGAUACUACAGAAUAGGUGAACCGCAUCAAAAAGCUAUCGAAUCCUCCUGGUACCUUCUAGCAAGCUCACUCUAUCAUUUCAAGGAAGGAGCCCGAUUAAACAAAAGAGGCGAUGACAGAUUGCGAGCAAGUCGGAUGGCGAAACUCAGCUAGCGAGUGUCCUCAAAGGGAGAGCCCUCUGCUGACGGCUUCCUCUCAUGAUCAAUAAAGGGGCGGACUGUCCAACUACCCUACCAGGUUUCUCAUGGAUGUAAUCUUUGCAUGGAAUUGUAGGGGGCUGGGAGCAAAAGCUUCCUACGUGUUCUCAAGGAAUAUCGGAGCAAGCAUAGUGAUGACUCGGUAUUUGCACAUGUUUUCCCCUUUGUUUCUUGAUUGUUUGAGCUUGAAUUAUUGCGUCUUUGGCCUAUUUUAUGCUAGGUUGUAUUCCCUUGUCCCAUUUCAGGUCCUAGCACAUAAAGUGAAGCAUAGGCG